GUAGAUCGCGAUGCAUGCUGGGUCUUGGUAACAUGGCGUCCUCCUUGGUGCGCUGAUGAGAGGAGUUUCACUGUAGCUUCAGACCAGAGGGCAAAACUCUCCAAGCCCAAGAAGCCCUCGCUACCUGUCUUCUUCGCGCCUCCGUGCCGCCCUUUCCUCAGGCCCGGUUCUCAGGCAGGAGAGAGCCACGGGGCCGAGGGCCAGGACCGGCCAGGCCGCGCGGAUCCGGGGCUGAGGAGCCGGCUGCGGACGAGCACGAUGGGCCGGUCCUGGCCCUGGGUGCAGCAGCCCCGGCGAGCGCGGGACCCGCGGGGCUGAGGGCGGCUGCGGGAGAGCCGACGCGCCCGAGCCUCUUCCCCUCGGCCGCAGACCUCAGCCCAGCCGGCGAACCGGCACCGGGAGCGGGCGGCCUUCCUGUGCUCCGAUCGGCUGAGGCGUUGGAGGCCGGGAGCGGGGUCGUCGUGAGGCCCGAAGUCCGUCGCGCCUUUGGCAGCUUCGCUUACAGCCCGUCCCGAGACGUUCAGCCUGGGACGCAGCCGGGCGCUUGGGACCUGGGGGCGUGCGUGUGGGUGCGGAGCUCCUCGGUGUGCCCGCGCCCCCCGGCCCUUCCCAGCGCCUCCGCCUGCCGCGCAGGGUCGGGAGAGAAGGGGCUCAGACGUCUUGCCCGAGCAGGGGCCUCCGCACGCUCCCCUUCCUGCCUUUUCCGUCCCCCCUUUCCUGAUUCUCACCGCCCCAGCUCUGGCACGCGCUGGUGUUGAAGGCUGGAGGUUCUCGAGCGCUUGCUGCCAAGGACUCCCCCACCCCCUCCGCCCCUGAUGGAGUCCGAGGCGCUGCAGUCCCCUCUUCUGGGACUCGGGGAGGAGGACGAGGCCGACCUUACAGACUGGAACCUGCCUUUGGCCUUUAUGAAGAAGAGGCACUGCGAGAAGAUCGAAGGCUCCAAAUCCUUAGCUCAGAGCUGGAGGAUGAAGGAUCGGAUGAAGACGGUUAGUGUUGCCUUAGUUUUAUGCCUGAAUGUCGGCGUGGACCCUCCAGAUGUGGUGAAGACCACCCCCUGUGCACGUUUGGAGUGCUGGAUCGAUCCUCUGUCGAUGGGGCCUCAGAAAGCUCUGGAAACCAUCGGUGCGAAUUUGCAGAAGCAAUACGAGAACUGGCAGCCAAGGGCCCGGUACAAGCAGAGCCUCGACCCAACUGUGGACGAAGUGAAGAAGCUGUGCACGUCCUUACGCCGAAAUGCCAAGGAGGAGCGGGUCCUCUUCCACUACAACGGCCACGGGGUGCCCAGGCCUACCGUGAACGGGGAGAUCUGGGUCUUCAACAAGAACUACACUCAGUACAUCCCUCUGUCCAUAUAUGACCUGCAGACGUGGAUGGGCAGCCCGUCGAUAUUCGUCUACGACUGCUCCAACGCUGGCUUGAUCGUCAAGUCCUUCAAACAGUUUGCCCUGCAGAGGGAGCAGGAACUGGAGGUCGCUGCCAUUAACCCAAACCACCCGCUCGCGCAGAUGCCCCUGCCCCCGUCCAUGAAGAACUGCAUUCAGCUGGCAGCCUGUGAGGCCAACGAGCUCCUGCCCAUGAUCCCCGACCUCCCGGCCGACCUGUUCACGUCAUGCCUCACCACCCCCAUCAAAAUCGCCCUGCGCUGGUUUUGCAUGCAGAAAUGCGUUAGUCUGGUGCCUGGGGUCACACUGGAUUUAAUAGAAAAGAUUCCCGGCCGGCUGAAUGACCGGAGGACCCCUCUGGGAGAACUGAACUGGAUCUUCACGGCAAUCACAGACACCAUCGCAUGGAAUGUGCUCCCUCGGGAUCUCUUCCAAAAGCUCUUCAGACAGGACCUGUUGGUGGCUAGUCUGUUUCGAAAUUUUCUCCUGGCAGAAAGGAUCAUGAGGUCCUAUAACUGCACCCCCGUCAGCAGCCCACGCCUGCCCCCCACUUACAUGCACGCAAUGUGGCAAGCCUGGGACCUUGCCGUCGACAUUUGCCUCUCUCAGCUGCCAACCAUCAUCGAGGAAGGCACCGCAUUUCGGCACAGCCCCUUCUUUGCUGAGCAGCUGACUGCAUUCCAGGUGUGGCUCACAAUGGGCGUGGAGAACAGGAACCCACCCGAGCAACUUCCCAUUGUUCUGCAGGUGCUGCUGAGCCAGGUGCACCGGCUGAGAGCCCUGGACUUGCUCGGACGAUUCCUGGACCUGGGCCCCUGGGCGGUGAGCCUGGCCUUGUCUGUGGGCAUCUUCCCCUACGUGCUGAAACUGCUCCAGAGCUCCGCCAGAGAGCUGCGGCCCCUUCUGGUGUUCAUCUGGGCCAAGAUCCUUGCCGUGGACAGCUCGUGCCAAGCUGACCUGGUGAAGGACAACGGUCACAAAUACUUCCUGUCGGUCUUGGCAGACCCUUACAUGCCAGCUGAACACCGGACCAUGACGGCCUUCAUCCUCGCCGUGAUUGUGAACAGCUACAACACCGGACAGGAAGCCUGCCUCCAGGGAAACUUGAUCGCCAUCUGCCUGGAGCAGCUCAAUGAUCCCCACCCACUGCUGCGCCAGUGGGUGGCCAUCUGCCUGGGACGCAUCUGGCAGAACUUUGAUUCGGCCAGGUGGUGUGGCGUGAGGGACAGUGCGCACGAGAAACUCUGCAGCCUCCUCUCUGACCCCAUCCCUGAGGUGCGCUGCGCAGCGGUCUUCGCCCUUGGCACAUUCGUGGGCAACUCUGCAGAGAGGACCGACCACUCGACCACCAUCGACCACAACGUGGCCAUGAUGCUGGCCCAGCUGAUCAACGACGGGAGCCCCGUGGUCCGCAAGGAACUGGUGGUGGCUCUGAGUCAUCUCGUCGUUCAGUACGAAAGCAAUUUCUGCACGGUGGCCUUGCAGUUCAUGGAGGAGGAAAAGAACUACCCCCUUCCUUCUCCAGCAACCACAGAGGGUGGGAGUUUGACCCCAGUGCGGGACAGCCCGUGCACCCCCAGACUCCGCUCCGUGAGUUCCUAUGGAAACAUUCGUGCCGUCACCACCGCCAGAAGCUUGAACAAAUCCUUGCAGAAUCUGAGCUUGACAGAAGAAUCGGGCAGCUCGGUGGCCUUCUCCCCUGGAAACCUCAGCACGAGCAGCAGUGCCAGCAGCACCCUGGGCAGCCCCGAGAACGAGGAGUACAUCCUGUCCUUCGAGACCAUCGACAAGAUGCGCCGCGUCAGCUCCUACUCCGCCCUCAACUCCCUCAUCGGAGUUUCCUUUAACAGUGUUUACACUCAGAUUUGGAGAGUCUUACUGCAUCUGGCUGCAGACCCCUAUCCCGAUGUAUCUGACUUGGCCAUGAAAGUGCUCAACAGCAUCGCCUACAAGGCCACAGUGAAUGCCCGGCCCCAGCGCAUCCUCACCACAUCCUCGCUCACCCAGUCGGCGCCGGCCAGCCCCACCAACAAGGGCAUCCACAUCCACCAGGCAGGGGGCUCCCCACCGACGUCCAGCACCAGCAGCUCCAGCCUGACCAACGACGUGGCCAAGCAGCCAGUCGGCCGAGACCUGCCCACAGGCCGCCCUGGUGCCCCUGGCCCUGCAGGGGUGCAGUACACGCCCCACUCCCAGCAGUUCCCCCGCACACGGAAGAUGUUCGACAAGGGCCCGGACCAGACCACCGACGAUGCAGAUGACGCCGCUGGACACAGAAGUUUCGUCUCGGCCACGACGCAGACCGGCUUCUGUGACUGGAGUGCCCGGUACUUCGCCCAGCCUGUCAUGAAGAUCCCGGAAGAACACGACCUGGAGAGUCAGAUCCGCAAGGAACGGGAGUGGCGAUUUCUUCGCAACACGCGGGUCAGACAGCAGGCGCGACAGCUCAUCCAGAAGGGUAUCGCAAAACUGGAUGACCAGAUAUUUCUGAACAGGAAUCCCGGCGUCCCCUCCGUGGUCAAGUUCCACCCCUUUACACCGUGUGUGGCCGUGGCUGAUAAAGACAGCAUCUGUUUUUGGGACUGGGAGAAAGGGGAGAAGCUGGAUUACUUCCACAACGGAAACCCUCGGUACACCAGGGUCACCGCCAUGGAGUACCUGAAUGGCCAGGACUGCUCGCUGCUGCUCACAGCCACAGAUGAUGGCGCCAUCAGAGUCUGGAAGAACUUCGCGGAUUUGGAAAAGAACCCAGAGAUGGUGACGGCUUGGCAGGGGCUCUCGGACAUGCUGCCAACAACCAGAGCCUGGAACCAGUCCUGGCCUCUGACAUGACAGCCAGCAGAGGACUGGGCUGCAACCCCAGGGAGACACCUGGAGAGACACGGAGUGAGGACACCGAGAGCUGCACCCGUGGCCGUUACUUCUCAGCGUCUGGGGCACCCCUGCAGCGCAAGGCAGGACCCUUCUGAGUUCUGGCUGUGGUCCAGGUCACCCACACAGGUGCUCGAAGCUACCCCCCGUGCGGUGUCCCAGCCGGCCUGCAGGCUGUCUGCACAGCAGGAGGUGUGCUGGCCUACCGUUCCCGUCAGCCGCGGAGCACACCCAGGGGACUUGGGGUGACCGGGCGGCCAGAGCACCGCUGGCUGAGAAACCCCUCACUCUGCUCUCCGCAGCCAAGUCCGCUCACCAGGCCGCUGUCUGGCAGCUCGUUUGAGGAGGUCUGAACCCGCAGUCCGUGACGGAGGAGAGGCCGUUUCUCACAGGGAGUCUUGUGAACUGCGGGCCGGGUCCGUGCGCACGUCACCUCUGGCUGACGUGUGCACACACACACACACUUGUGCACACGCACCCGGGCAUUCACACGUGUGCACAGGUCCUGAGGUGGAACCACAGAUGGGCCUCCCCACCUCUGCCGUGGCGUAGCCACCGGGGAAGCCACCCUGCAGCUGGAACUUCUCCGCCCGCAGAGGCCUGUCUGGACCAGCCACGGUGGACUUUGCGGCGGCAUUGACGAGCGCUCGGGCACUUGGAAGUUCUGAUGGCACGUUUGGUUGGGUUUCGCGAUGUGCCACAGCCCCUUCCAGUUUCCCACCUAGAGAGAGACUUGAUGUUUGGACCAAAAACCCUGGUAACUGAGUUUCCACAUCUGUCAGGUCCAUUUUUGGCGAGGUCAGCCCCUUCGGUCUGGACUGUGGCACACUGUGGCCUUGGCUGCCCCACCUGCCACCAUCUCCUGCUUCUUUCUACUUGAGUGUUUUUCCAGCCCUUUGGGAUUGUUUGCCUUUGCUAACUGCUCUGGCCAACUAAGCCCCAUGUGAAACCCAUGAUCCCUGUGUCCACGGAGGUCCGGCUCGGAAGGCCUCAGUCUGUCUCGACUGCAGUAAGCAGGGACAGGAGUGUCUCUUCUCUUCCCUGGGACCACCCUGGAGGUGGGGCAGGAGGCGGUCCCUCUCCUCUCCUGGCCCCGUUUGUUCUCAUGCCCAUGGCGCUCUUUGGGGCCAGCAGAGGGUUAGGGCUGUGACUUUGCAUCUCCUGUCCACACUGUCCCGUCCACACUCCCAUACAAAAGAUCAUCAGCCAACGGGCACUCAGAUGUUACGGGACAAGUCAGGUCGCUGUAAGGCUCUGGGAAGAAAUCUGAAGGAAAGCCAUUAAGAGGAAUCUCCCUGGGGUCUGAGGCCUCAUGGUUGCACCUCCUGGGCCCCCUUAUCCCAAAGAUGGGGACUCACAUCCUGCGGGCUCGGGACCUUGUCCCUCCCCUCUGCUGCAUUGCCUUCGAGGAGACUCCUCUGCAAACCACGCUCACGCCGGCCUCAGUUAGGGAUGGAAGAUGACCCAGAUGACACCCCCUCGGGGGAGGUUAUGGCCACUACCGCUUCACAGACCUGCAGACAAAUUGGACGGCCCAGCUCUGCAGGCCAGACCCCAGGAGGGGCGUUCCGGUUUCUUUAGAGCAGAGAAGUCGUUUCAGAUCAAGAUUGAUUCUUCCACCUAAACUUUUGAAAAAUAAUCUUUUUCAGAAUUUAAUCCAGAGUUUCUUAUAGCAUCUGUCUCCAUCUGAAAAAUCCAUAUAUAAGCUUAAUAGUCACCAGAACACCCACAGGCAGAUGCCCUUGGAUACACAACUGUAGAACUGGGUUAGCAAACAUAAAACCUGGAACGAUCCAAACGUGUCAUUUUUUUCUCGUAAUUUCCGCGUGUGGGUACCUCAUGAAGAGAUGGGGCUCACGGAUCCUGACCUGUGAUUUAUGGGGUCAGGUUUAGAGCGCGGCAAGCCUUCGUCCUGGCUUGUGCCUGGCAGCCCUUUGCAAGAGCUGGUGGCAUUCUCCACAGGAGGGCAGACAAGGCCGUGGGUCUGGGGGCCCCCAAGCCACUACAACGAGGGGCCAAGAAUGAGAAGUCCCUUCAGACCUCAAGGACUCACAGUUCAGUGUUUUGUGAAGAACACUUCCAGUAGCUCAUUCUCUGCGUGUAAGCUCCAGAGAGGAAAAACCAAACAGGACAGGAGAUGGGCUUCUGCUCUUCCGGAAAGAGCUCACUUGAGCUUCUCAGAGAAACGACAGGGUCACUGUCUCUGAAAACCUAGGAAAAGCCAGAGGACCACCUUCCAUGGAUGGGGCCUGGGGAAGGUGAGAGGCCGGACGGCACCUGGUCUAGUCGUUUCAGCGGCUUGGUGGUUCAUCGAGGUCGGUGCCGUGGGACGGAGCCUGGGACAGGACAGGGCCCGGGCUCUUCUGCACCUCGGCAGCCCCAGAGAGCCGAGAACAUAUCAUCCAGCCUGGUGCGUGUGAACAACGACAUCAGCCUUGGGCCUUUGGUUAAUUGUUAAUAUUGAUCAACCAGAAACAGCUCGGAAGCAGGCAGGCUGAGGACCACGGAAGAGCGUGAUGGCCCAGGCAGAGUGGCCUUGAGCCGGGUGCUUCCGGAACUGCUGGCCGGCCUGUGUGUGCUGUGCACCGGAGUGGGAGCUGAUGGGAGCUCCUGCAGGAGAGAGUGGGGACUACCUGGCCACAGGCCUGCAGUUCUCACCAGUGCCCGGGGGACAGGCCCCUCCUCCUCAGAGUUCUAGAACCACACCUCCCCUGGGUCUGCCUCCAGUUGGGGUUGACGGGCCCCCAGGGGUCAGCCCCACAUGACAGGGUCCUCAGAGGGCAAUCUGGACUGGCUACUGGCUCGGAGGGCUGACCGCGGUGUUACAGAGAUCCAGACCCUAGCAUGUGCUUGUCCGUUUCCACUGUCUGCUGGGCCUGGAUGCUCUUGGGUCUUAGAACCACACAUUCCAGUCAUCCUAACCCAUCUCUGCCCCCCGGAUCUACAUUGUAAGGAAGAAGUCCCCCCUUUGGCCAGGUCUCAGAUUGGGUGGUGCGUCCAGGGCCUGUACCCAGAAUAAAGUCAGGCAAGAUUAGGAAUCUGCAUCUUGGGAGAGCUCCCACCGCACCCCACCAUGGGUAGGGAGGUCAGCCAUCCUAGGAACAUGGAAUGUGGUCACAUGUUCUCAGGGAUAUUGUAGUUUACUGGGCUGGUAUGACUCCUCAGCUUUUUAAAAACCUCCAUGCAGCUGUACGGCCUGCACUGGCCAGCCUACAGCUCACACACCUCCAGGGGCAGGGAGCAGGGUCCCAGCCACCCACGGAGCCUACACCGGCCAGCCUGCAGCUCGCACACCCCCAGGGGCAGGGAGCAGGGUCCCGGCCACCCACGGAGCCCGCACCGGCCAGCCUGCAGCUCGCACACCCCCAUGGGCAGGGAGCAGGGUCCCGG